AUGUUCCGUGUUAUCCCUCUCCUUUACGUCUUAUCUUUAACUGCAACUCUUCUUCAUCCAAGUAGCACUAAUGUCAAUUUCAACACUGCCUCUGCACUUAAGGGUAGAAAGCAUCUAAACGAGGACUUGGAAACAGUCAAAGUUGACGACAAAGGCAGUAACGGGCACCAUGAGUCUUUCAGAAAUGGGAAUGCACAAGACAACCUUAAAGUUGAUGUCUACAGCUCCUGCAAUGGCAGGGAAGAUUGCAACAACAGCAGCAGCAGAAGCUCAUUGGGAAGUGAUUCUGCCAAUGUGGUGAGGGUUAAAAGAAUGAGAAUAGUGUACACUGUUAAUUCUUCUAGUUCUGCUUCUGCUACGGUAUGCAGUUCUGGCUCUCGAUAUCGAAGCUGUCUCAGAAGUUCAGCGUCACCUCGAUCCUCACCAUCAUCAUCGCCAUCACAUUCAGCUCAUCGAUUAUCACCAUCAUCAUCAUCGCCAUUGCAUUCAAUACCACCAUCAUCACCACUUCUUCCACCAUCCCCAUCACCAACACCUUCACCAACACCAACAUUUUUACCACCAUCACCACCACCAUCACCAGCAUCAGGUAAUCACCACCAUGUUGGUUCAUGGAAAAUCGCCAUAGGUAUUGCAAGUGGGAUCAUGUCAGCAAUAUUGAUGUGCAUCGUAAUUUGUUGUUAUAGAUACAAGUCAUUAUCAAUGCAAGUCAAACUUUGGUUCACCACAAAAAGUGACCUACAUAUUGAAGCAUUCUUAAAAGAGCAUAGAGCUCUAGCACAGAAAAGAUACAAAUUUUCAGAAGUCAAGAAAAUGACCAAUUACUUCAAAGAUAAACUGGGUCAAGGUGGUUUUGGUGCCGUAUAUAAAGGAAAGCUACCCACUGGUUACCCUGUGGCUGUAAAAUUGUUGAAAUCAUCCAAAGGAAAUGGCGAAGAUUUUAUCAAUGAGGUUGCUAGCAUUACUAGAACCUCUCAUGUUAAUGUUGUCACCCUUCUUGGAUUUUGUUUGGAAGGCCAGAAGAAAGCUCUCAUCUAUGAGUUUAUGGCAAAUGGUUCCCUUGAUAAGUACAUUUACAAUAAAGGGCCUGAAACCAUUGCAUCUUUGAGCUGGGAGAAUUUGUAUCAAAUUGCAAUAGGAAUAGCUCAUGGUUUGGAGUACUUGCAUAGGGGAUGCAAAACUCGAAUUUUACAUUUUGACAUAAAACCACAUAAUAUUCUUUUGGAUGAGAAUUUCUGCCCCAAGAUAUCAGAUUUUGGGCUAGCAAAGCUCUGUCCAAGGAAAGAGAGCAUUAUCUCCAUGUCAGAUGCUAGAGGGACAAUGGGAUAUGUAGCUCCAGAAAUGUGCAAUAGACAUUUUGGUGGAGUUUCACAUAAGUCUGAUGUUUAUAGCUAUGGAAUGAUGCUGCUAGAAAUGGUGGGAGGGAGGAAGAAUAUUAAUGCUGAAGCAAGUCAAACAAGUGAAAUAUUCUUCCCACAUUUGGUAUACAAGAGGCUUGAAUUGGACAAUGAUAUAAGACCAGAUGAGGUGAUGACCAUAGAAGAAAAUGAGAUUGCAAAGAGAAUGACCAUAGUGGGUUUAUGGUGCAUUCAAACAUUUCCAAAUGACAGGCCUACAAUGAGUAGAGUGGUAGAUAUGUUGGAAGGCAGCAUGAAUUCCUUGGAAAUUCCACCAAAACCUUUGCUUUCUUCUCCUACUAGAACGGGAACAGAGUCUUCCUCUUCUAAUUAA